AUGAACACUGGAUACGAAAACAUCUCCACCGGGCGGUGUCAUCAAAUAGGCGGAGGUCAGCCUGCCGGUGUCCGCCAGCUUUGCUCGACGGAUCAAGGAGGGCUGAGUUGGGUACGGAUGCAGCUUGCCCUCUCACCCGGUUGCUAUGACCAUGCUGAACCGCGAAACAAAAAGCCGUCCGAAUCACCGCUAGCAUCUUCUGCAAGUGUCUAG